AUGGCUCCCAUCAAGAAGCGCACAACGGCGCGCGCAAAGUCGGCUCGUGUCGCCCGCCCUACGACUGCAGUCUUGCCCAAGCCCGACGACAUGUCAUCUUUUCCCUCAAGCAAGCGCGACAAGCAGAGAAUUAAGCAUUCAUCCUUUGUUUCCAAGAUUGAAAAAUCCUCCGCCAAGACGCAGAAGCGCAGGCGCCCAAACAACAAGCUCAUUGCCAACCUCGAGUCCCUCGCGGAUGCGCUUCCUGGUGGAGACACAGACGGCGACAUUGAGCUUGGCCAGGCGCGUAUAUUACAGCCAAAACAAAAAAUGGAGAGCAUGAAGCGAACAAAGGGUGCCAAGAAGAGGAAGGAAAAACUCGAGAAGCUCGAGAAGGCGCGCUUCAAUGCAAACUUGGCUCAAUUGACCACAGCGAGCACAAACGGGGCCGACGCUGUCAAGGAUCGAUGGGCGGCGCUGAAGAGUCAUGUACAGACCAAUAUGGAAGUGAGGCCAGAGUUUGCCCAGCAAUGA